UCCUAACGCAGAGGCACAAGGGCAAUAAGAAAAGAGAGAGAUAGAUAAAUGACGAUGAUGGCUCUGCUCUUGAACUCGACGAUGACUGUGGCUAUGAAGCAGAAUCCCGCGACCGCGGUAUCUUUUAUGCAGACUACUUGUUUGGGAUCUAGUUUUUCUCCUCCUCGUCAUCUUCAAGUUUCGUGUGUUGCCACUAACCCGAGGCGAGUUUUUUUCUUUUUAGAUCUUCAAUUCUUCGCGUUGAUCUCAAUGUAUUGUUAAUAACUUUUUCACUCAUUGGGUUUUAUAUACUUGCAUAUUAACAUAUGUUCUAUAAAUUACAAUAAGACACGAACCUGAUCAAAAUAACAGUGUUCUUAAUUAACGAUGAAAAUGUUACAGCAAGACGUUUCGACCCAUCAAAGAAGUAUCAAACCAAGUGACACACACAAUAACACAAGAGAAACUGGAGAUCUUCAAAUCAAUGGAGAAUUGGGCCCAAGAAAACUUAUUAUCUUACCUCAAACCCGUCGAAACUUCAUGGCAACCACAAGACUUUUUGCCAGAAACCAAAGACGAAGACCGAUUCUACGAACAAGUGAAAGAGCUAAGAGAUCGAACAAAAGAGAUCCCUGACGAUUACUUUGUAGUUCUUGUCGGAGAUAUGAUCACCGAAGAAGCAUUACCGACUUAUCAAACGGUUAUGAACACUCUCGACGGAGCCAAAGACGAGACCGGUGUUAGUCUAACACCGUGGGCGGUUUGGCUUAGAGCAUGGACGGCGGAGGAAAAUCGACACGGUGAUUUGUUGAAUAAGUACCUUUACUUAUCAGGUCGUGUUGAUACGCGACAUGUUGAAAAGACUAUUCAAUAUCUUAUCGGAUCCGGCAUGGACACCAAAUAUGAGAACAAUCCCUACAACGGCUACAUCUACACUUCUUUUCAAGAGAGAGCAACUUUUAUCUCCCACGCCAACACGGCGAAGCUAGCCACGACAUACGGCGACACAACUCUCGCCAAAAUCUGUGGAACAAUCGCGGCGGAUGAGAAGCGGCACGAGAUGGCGUAUACGCGGAUCGUCGAGAAGCUAUUCGAGAUUGAUCCCGAUGGUACCGUACAAGCUCUAGCGAGUAUGAUGAGGAAGCGAAUCACGAUGCCGGCUCAGCUGAUGCACGACGGUCGCGAUGACAAUCUGUUCGAUCAUUACGCUGCUGUGGCGCAGAGAAUCGGAGUGUAUACCGCGACGGAUUACGCAGGGAUUUUGGAGUUUUUGUUGCGGCGGUGGGAGGUGGAGAAGUUAGGGAUGGGUUUGUCCGGUGAAGGAAGGAGAGCACAGGAUUAUCUGUGUACCUUGCCGCAGAGGAUCAGGAGGUUAGAGGAAAGAGCUGACGAUAGAGUCAAACGUGCGUCAAAGUCUAAACCUUCUGUUUCGUUCAGCUGGAUUUACGGGAGAGAAGUUGAACUCUAAACGACAAUGGUUGUUGCGUUUCACUGUAUUAGACUCUUAAACGUUAUGGGCCUUACUAAUGUAAUAUGGGAAGUAAAUGUAAUAAAGAAACGCUAAAAGAUCUUGCGUUUUAGUGAAACACUGGGUUAUAACUACCAUAUGGCCCAUGGGCUUGAAAAUUAAGCAAAGAAAAUAUCUGAGUGGCAUAGACGUAAUUAAAAGAGUAGCUGAG